UUUCCCUCCUUCCCUCCUCCCCCUCUCCUUCCCCCCACCGCGGCCGCGUUUCUCCCGUCCCCCUUCCCGUGCUUUCUCCCUCUCACCUGGCAGGUGGUCCCGGGUCUCUCAGCGCCGUGGCCUCUCCCCCCCCCCCCCCCGCCCCUCCUCGAGCCCAGUUCCUCGUUCAACCCUUCCUCCAGGUCUCCCUCGCGUGAGGGGACGGAGAGGUCCCGGCGUGUGUCAGGGAGAGCGCUGUGCAGGCAGCGGGCGCCCGGAGCACCGGGCCUUAGCGAGCAAAGAUUGGUGGAGUUAGGUUGGUGACGCUCAAGGUGGCUUGAGUGACUCAGGGGUGCGGGCCGGGCGCUACCUGGAGCUGAGCUCAGGUGGGUGUGGAAGGGACUGUGCACCUGGCAGCACCUGCCUCUGUAGGCAGCGCCCGAGCUCAGCUGGCCUGCACUUGACCGCCAAUCACAGACGGGUCUCGGACACGUGGACGGCCGUAUCUCCCAGGCGGUGCCUUCCUUGGGCUAUGUGUCUGGAGGUGACUGCGUCAUCCUGAGGGAUUCCUUCUCCAGACAUGCUCCCUGAGGCCAGCUCGCUGUGGCUGCUGCGACUGCUCCGGGACAUCCAGCUGGCCCAGUUCUACCGACCCAUCCUCGAGGAACUUAAUGUUACUCGGCCGGAGCAUUUCGACUUUGUAAAGCCUGAGGACCUGGACGGCAUCGGCAUGGGCCGGCCCGCCCAGCGCAGACUGGCCGAAGCCCUGAAGAGACACCGUUCCGGGCUUAAGUCUAAGAACUGGGUCUACAAGAUCCUUGGGGGCUUUGUACCUGAGCAGAAGGAGACCACCCCCCCUUCAGACAGCCCCCUGUUGUCCCUCCCUGAGCCCGAGGGGGGACUCAAGUGUCUGAUCCCGGAUGGUGCUGUGUGCAGAGGGGAGCUGCUGGGCUCUGGCUGCUUUGGAGUGGUGCACCGAGGGUUAUGGACACUGCCCAGCGGUCAGAGUGUCCCAGUGGCUGUCAAGUCCCUCCGCGUGGGUCCUGAAGGCCCCGUGGGCACCGAGCUGGGGGACUUCCUUCGAGAGGUGUCCAUCAUGAUGAACCUGGAGCACCCACACGUGCUGCGUCUUCACGGCCUCGUCCUGGGCCAGCCUCUGCAGAUGGUGAUGGAGCUGGCGCCCCUGGGCUCCCUGCACGCGCGCCUGGCCGCCCCGGCCCCCACGCCCCCGCUGCCCGUGGCCCUGCUCUGCCUCUUCCUGCGGCAGCUGGCGGGGGCCAUGGCGUACCUGGGGGCCCGGGGGCUGGUGCACCGAGACCUCGCCACCCGCAACCUGCUGCUGGCCUCCCCGCGCACGAUCAAAGUGGCCGACUUCGGGCUGGUGCGGCCGCUGCGCGGCGCCCGGGGCCGCUACGUCAUGGGCGGACCCCGCCCCAUCCCCUAUGCCUGGUGCGCCCCAGAGAGCCUGCGCCACGGGGCCUUCUCUUCUGCGUCUGACGUGUGGAUGUUUGGGGUGACGCUGUGGGAGAUGUUCUCCGGGGGCGAGGAGCCCUGGGCCGGCGUCCCGCCGUACCUCAUCCUGCAGCGGCUGGAGAAGGACCGAGCCCGGCUGCCUCGGCCUCCCCUCUGCCCCAGGGCUCUCUACGCCCUCGCCUUGCGCUGCUGGGCCCCCCACCCUGCCGACCGGCCCAGCUUUCCCCACCUGGAGGGGCUGCUCCAAGAGGCGUGGCCUCCUGAGGCACAUUGUGUGAGGGAGGUCACAGAGCCAGGCGCCCUAAGGAUGGAGACUGGUGACCCCAUCACCGUCAUCGAGGCCAGCCCGGACUCCACGACCUGGAAGGGCCAGAAUGGCCGCACAUUCAAAGUGGGCAGCUUCCCAGCCUCAGCAGUGACACUGGCAGACUCGGGGGGCUCGCCGGCCACCCGUCCGGUCCACAGAGUGUCCCCUGCCCGGGGCGAGCUGCACCAGGGAAGCACGGAUGGGGACAGAGGGAAGGCCAAGCUUCGGGAUUUGCCUCCGGCACGGGGCCAGAGAAGGAACGUGCCCCUGCAGAGGGCGAGAGUCAUUUCCAAGAGCCUGGAGUCUGUUCUGUCCCUGGGCCCCCGCCCCACAGGGGGUGGUUCCAGCCCCCCCGAACUUCGCCAUGCCAGAGCCGUGACCCGGGGACCCCCUGGCCUGCCAUCCUGCCCUCCCUUUGCCUCCAGUCCUUCUCAGCCCAGCCAGCCCCCCAGGGAGCGGCCUCCGUGGCCCAGAAGAGAACCCCUCCCCAGCCACCCCCCGGGAAAACCUGGAGCCGGCAAAGCCACCGUUCCCUCCGGAGGCCUCUUGCCCGACCCCGAGUUGCAGAGGAGGAUUAUGGAGGUGGAGCUGAGCGUUCACGGAGUCACCCACCAGGAGUGCCAGGCGGCGCUAAGGGCCACUGGGGGAGACGUGGUUUCCGCCAUCCGGAAUCUCAAGGUGGACCAGCUCUUCCAUCUGAGCAGCCGGUCCAGGGCCGACUGCCGACGCAUCCUGGAGCAUUACCAGUGGGACCUCUCGGCCGCCAGCCGCUACGUCCUGGCCCGGCCCUGAGGUCUGCUCCCUUGGGUGUGGAUACUAGCCUGGGUCAAGGGCCUGGCCACGUGGGACCAAGCAGAACCCGGACAGGUCCCAUCAGGGCAGAAUUUCCCACCUGGGGAGAUCGUUGGCAGGUAUGGGAGGAGCCCGGGGUCGCGCACUGCUGAAUGUCUCCUCCUGCCCUGCCCCUUGGCCUCUGAGGGCUCACGCUCCCUCGGCUGGUUCAUAGAAGGAUCUCCUCCGCUCUGCCUCCCACAUUGCCAACCACGAGGAGAACUCGGAGGGACACAGCUGCCACACGUCGCACCCACAGGAAGCUUCCACUUGCUACAGAGAGCGAUCCAAUGGCCAUCCUGGGCCUCGGGGACAGCCAUCCCGAACUGCCGUCAGCUGCCACACGGGUCUCUGUGGGAGCAGUCAUCUCGGAUGACGGAAGCGAUCCCGCUGACUUGGGCUACGUGGCCCAGACUGCCUUGGCUUGGUCCGGGGCCAUAAUGGACGAUGAAGUCGCCCUCUUGAACUCAGAGAGGCUGGAUCUUGGCAGCACGGAUUAUGAAACGGGCCAGCCCCCACCCAGCCCGGCUGGCUGUCUUCCCAUCAUUUCUUCCCAUACCAACUCCCUUCUCCUCUCUCCCAUCACAUACAUCUUCCGAAAUCCAAAAAGUUACAAAGUUUAUAUGAAUAUAACAUACAAA